ACAGGAAAGGGAAGGCGGCGGGGCGAGAGAGCGCCAGGCGCGCGAUGGCGGGGGUCGCUGUUGUUGACGCUGCUGGCGCGUCUCCGUGCGCCCCAGCGAACGCGUCCUCCCCGUCUGAAGAAGACUCGGUGCCGCUGGUGGCGCUCAACUAUUCGGUGCGCCGCCGCCUGGGGCUCUUCCUCAACCCGCGCGCCCCGGUGGCCUCCGACUGGACGGCGCUGGCCGAGCAGCUGGGCUACGAGUACCUGGAGAUCAAGCACUUCGAAGGCAAGGCCGACCCCACCGAGAGCCUCUUGGCCGACUGGCAGAAGCGCUGCCCCGGCGGUGCCACCGUGGGCCGCCUCCUGGGGCUGCUGCGCCUCCUCGGCCGCCGAGACGUCCUGGCCGACCUGGGGACCAGCAUCGAAGAAGAUUGCAAGAAGUACCUGCGGAGGAAACAGCAGGAGGAGGCGGAGAGGCCCCUUCAAGUCCCAGCGGUAGACAGCAGCAUCUCAAGGUCAUCUGAACUGCAGGGCAUCACAACGCGAGAUGAUCCCCUUGGACAAACGGUAGAGAAGUUUGAUGCCUUCAUCUGUUACUGCCCGAACGACAUUCACUUUGUGCAAGAGAUGAUCCAAGAGCUGGAACAGACAGAGCACAGGCUGAAGCUCUGUGUGUUCGACCGGGAUGUCCUCCCCGGAUCGUGUGUCUGGUCCAUCACCAGCGAACUUAUAGAGACGCGGUGCCGGAAAAUGGUGGUAGUGAUUUCGGAUGACUACCUGGAUAGCGAAGCCUGCGACUUCCAGACCAAGUUUGCCCUCAGCCUCAACCCAGGUGCUCGCCUCAAGCGCCUCAUUCCAGUCAAGUGCAAAAGCAUGAAGAAGGAUUUCCCGAGCAUCCUCAGGUUCAUCACGGUUUGCGACUACACCAACCCCUGCACCAAGAAAUGGUUCUGGAUGCGGCUGGCCAAGUCCCUGUUGCUCCCAUGAUGCAAAGCCGUGAGGCCAAGUGUCUUGCACCGUGACUUGAACUGCGUCUUGAGGAAGGGAGGUUUUGGUGGGGGGGGGGGCGGCUAAGUCUUUCUUAGCCUUUGCCAUGAAACCAACUUGUGCUAAACCCCUUGCCUCACCAAGUCUCCGAAACAAUGGCGUGCCUCGGAAGCCAGUCCGUUUUAAAAAGGAGGGCUAGAAAGUAUUGAGAACGGCAGCUGGUCCUGAGGUUUGGGGUCGACGUUUCCUGAUUUCAGCUGAUUUCCUCCUUGUGAAACGGGAAUUGAGAAAGAAUGAACACGAGCGGGAGAAAGCUUUCAACAGCUGCGGCGCAGAAAAUGGCAGUUGUCUUCUGCAAAGUGUUCAGCGUCCUCUCUGACAACGCAACAGCAACCUUUUUUUUACUAGCACAAACCAACAAAUGUACUAACAAACAGUAUCCUGUUUCUGACACGCCUGAGUUCCUGGUGCCUUAAAAUAGAGGUGGAUCAUUCGUCUCCCAAGAUCCACAACUUAAACCUGCUAUUGUAUAGAAGGAUAACCAGAUUCCGCAACUCUCACUGCCUGCCAUUUGCCAUGGGGUGGAGAAUUAUUUUAAGUGUAUGUGGUGGGCAUUCCUAAGGAGGGGUUUGAGGUGGACAUUCCUAAAGGAUCUUAGGCAGCUGCCAAGGGAUGUAUCCAUGUGUGUUUGAUCCUGCCCUCACCCCAACUGCAUGUCUACAAUUGGACCAAGAGGCUCCCAAUCCAAUACAUUCUGUCUUUAAUCAAAGCACUGCCGGUAUCUGGGUGACACAGCACUUCCCAACAUUAUAUAACGGCCAGUGGGGGAAGUGGGUUGAAACUGUGGUCUCUGUUUUCUUUCAAGCUUUCUGCUUCCUAAACCUUGCCCAAGCACUUUUAUAAGCACGUUGGGAUUUUCUGCUCUUUGGGUCUGUUGAGUUUCUCUAGAAUCAUAGAGUUGGAAGAGACCACAAGGGCCAUCCAGUCCAACCCCCUGCCAAGCAGGAAACACCAUCAAAACAUUCUUGACAUAUGGCUGUCAAGCCUCUGCUUAAAGACCUUCAAAGAAGGAGACUCCACCACACUCCUUGGUAGCAAAUUCCACUGCCGAACAGCUCUUACUGUCAGGAAGUUCUUCCUAAUGUUUAGGUGGAAUCUUCUUUCUUGUAGUUUGAAUCCAUUGCUCCGUGUCCGCUUCUCUGGAGCAGCAGAAAACAACCUUUCACCCUCCUCUAUAUGACAUCCUUUUAUAUAUUUGAACAUGGCUAUCAUAUCACCCCUUAAGUCUGGUGACUUCUGCUUCAGUGUAUCUGAAGAAGUGUGCCUGCACUUAGAGUUGGUCUCUUAAGGUGCUACUGGAAUGAAUUUCUCUAUUUUAUUUUUAUUUUGUUUCGACGGCAGACCAACACGGCUACCUACAUGUAACUAGUUUAUUCCUGGUUUGCAACAAACCAUAAUUCGCCAUUGCAUCUGAACCAGGAAACUAUGGCUUGUGCUCAUUCUGCAAAACUAGAGCUCAAGCAAUGGUUUGCAGGGGAAGCACAAGCCAUAGUUUAUAGAAUCAUAGAGUUGAAAGGAAGCAAGAGGGUCAUCUGGUCCAACCCCCUGCAAUGCAGGGAUCUCAACUGAAGCAUCCCUGACGGGUGGCCACCCAGGUUUCCUGCAAACCAGGAAGUAACUGACUAACUGGAUCUUGCGAGGGGAGGAAUGAGUGUAUGAGCGCUGAGUUGAGGACCAGAGGUUAGCCAGUCUUCUACUACAGUAUUAUAAAAGCACAAAGGGAGAUCUCAUAGAUGUGUCCAAUGCUGUGCCAAACAUCUCCAUGAGUUCUAGCCCAGAUAUCAAUAUUGACAAUAGCUCAAUAGGAAUAAGGGCAUUUUCAGAGAAGAUAGAUUGUGGAUAUUAUAAGGAAAACAAGUGGGUUGUACAACAAAAAGUCACAUUCUGGAAUGCUGCUGUUCAGGAUUGCAACUGCUCUGUUUCUUCUCCCGCUGUCCAACAACCAGCAUUUUGUUGUGAUGGAAUAUGCUUAGCCCCCAUCAGGCCUUUGAUUUUCAAGGGUAGUCCUCUCUUUCCCUUACACAUUUUUUGGUACUUCUGCAAACUUUGGGGAUCCCUACAAGCCUGCCUCCCUUGUGUGCGCGAUGCCAUUUUGGCACACAUGCUUAGGCAGACACAGGCUGAACAUCACCAAUAGAGGGAACGGUUCUCUCCAAAUAAUGUGACAAGUCAAAAUAAAAGUGCCUUAGUUUCGUUGGGGCAAAUUGAGUUAGAGAACGGUUCUGCUGCAUUUCCUAGUUGAUGUGUCUCGAGUUUGCAUCUGGAAGGCUGGCCUCGGGAUACAGUAGGAUGUGGGGCUCAUUUCAGUUAUCAGAGUUCAUUGAGGCUCUUUUUUAUUAAGAAAAAUCCUGAUUGAUCUACCUCUUCUUGCGUCUGUUUACACAGGCUGGAUUUGGCAGCGCAUUCUAACCACACCCUGUUGCUCACCAUUUCCAAUUCAGCUCAGCCCACUGCAUGCUUGCUUUCAAAGUUUCUGAACUCCACUCAACCCUGCCCCCCCCCCCCGAAAAUGUUUUCCCUGUGACCUCCAGAAAUGAAAGAUGGGCAGCAAUGGGUGCUUGGUUAAUCCUUGGAUUUUUCUCUGGGUGUGCAUUCCUUAUCCAUCUAUGUACAGAGACAUGUCCGAGGAUGAGGAUAUAUAAUGUGCCCAAACAGAAUAAUUAUAAGCCACGAUAGCUGAACGGAACCUCCAUAGAGAGGGGCAGUGUACCACUGCAUACCAAAUACUGUGGGAAACAAGAAGGGCAGGCUGGCCCUGGAGUUGCUUGUGGUAUUCAGGCUCUUUGUGGUGGUUUGCUAAUAAUAAUAAUAAUAAUAAUAAUAAUAUACCCCCGCCCAUCUGGCUGGGUUUCCCCAGCCACUCAGGGCAGCUCCCAACAGAAUAUUAAAAACAUGAUAAAACAUCAAACAUUAAAAACUUCUCUAAACAGGGCUGCUUUCUGAUGUCUUCUAAAAUUCAGAUAGUUGUUUAUUUCCUUGACAUCUGAUGGGAGGGCGUUCCACAGGGUGGGUGCCACUACCGAGAAAUCCCUCUGCCUGGUUCCCUGUAGCUUCACUUCUCGCAGUGAGGGAACUGCCAGAAGGCCCUGGGAGCUGGACCUCAGUGUCCAGCUCCGCCACUGGUAUACCUUCCAGGAAAAGGUGAAUCUUAAGAUAAACGCAAUCUCUUUACAAAAUGGCGGUUCUCAGCAUUCCAAGGAAGUGGGCUGCAGUGCAAUUAUUCCUAGGCAGGGAAUGAUACCAUUGAUACCAUAUGUGAUGUCUGUAAACUAAAUUGCUGCAUCCGUCUGUUGUCCUUGUAUUAAAUUCCUGAGUGUUGCAGAGACCUUCCUUCAGAUCCCAUGCACUUUGAAAUAGUUCCUAUCAUUAUAUAUGGACGAGAGAGACUGCGACAGCUACUUAGAAAACAGGGGACUGUGUUUUCAAAGAAAACAAUGACUGAAAACUGCAGCUGGGUAUGCACUUAAACCACUUAACUCAGUGGAACUAACUUCUGAGUAAUAGCACUGCACAGACUUGCCCUCCCCUCGUGAUUGCAUGGUUCAGUUCUGCAAUCCCAAGUGGUUUAUACUCUUUCCCCCACUUCUUCACAUGUUAAUCUCUGGAUUUGGAUGCUACAAGGUGUAAGGGGGCCACUAAAAAUUCAUGGAGGACAAGGCUAUGCAUGGCUGUCCACCAUGAUGGCUGUGUUCUGUCUCUGCUGUUUGAGGCAGCAUGUCUUGGAAUACCAUGUGCUGGGAAUCACAGGUGGGCAGAAUGUUUUGCAUUCAUCUCCUUGCAGGCUUCCCAUAAAGCAACUGUAAGAACAGGACGUUGGAGGAGAUGAGGCUUUGGUCCGAUUCUUGUUCCCAAAUCAGUGCUGAAUUUCUGAAUGAUGAGGCACUUUCUUGUGCAUACAUUUAAAUAAUCCAGCCCCGUUGGCAGAGUGCUGUCUUUGAGGAAUUUAGGUUCAAAUGUAGGUCUAGGGUGGCCCUGGGCAAGCUGCUUGCUCUCUCUCUCGGCUUAAACGAACCGCACAGGUUUGCGAUGUGAGGACCCAGCACUAUUCUAAGCUCUUUUAAGAAAAAAGAGAUGGAUGUAAAUGUAUUUUUAACAUUAAGGUCAAGGAGAAUGCUUUGUAUUAAAACCUUUGUUUAGCCACUUUGAAAAUACUGGUAAUAAACUGGUUUGGUUUA